CCCUACACACGGAAUCCCAUACCCACAGUCACAGAAAUGACAGAAACAUUUCUAUAUUUCGCGUAUGGAAGUAAUUUAUUACGACAGCGGUUGACUCUACAGAAUCCAUCUGCUGUAUUCAAGGGUGUAGGGCAUUUGAAGAAUUUCAGAUUGGAUUUUAAAUCCCCAUCUGACCCAAAAAUAUCUCGCUGGCGCGGAGCUGCUGCGACAAUUGAACCGCAUCCCGAGGGGACAGUUUGGGGGGUCAUAUGGAGGCUAGACGCAAAGGAUAAAGCCAGUCUUGACCGACAAGAAGGAAUAUAUGAUGCCAUAAAUGUGGAAGUCAUUACUCCUGACAACAAAACAUAUAGUAACUGUCGAACCUACGUUAUGCAGAAAGCCUAUAUCACAGAUCGCUACGACAACCGUCCAUCUCCACACUACAAAGAUGUUCUAGUUCGAGGAGCUCAGCAAAACAACAUACCCCAGGCUUAUAUAGAAUUCCUACAGAAUUUGGAUGACAAUGGGUAUUCUGGCAACAUUCCAGUGUACAAUCAAGUUCUGGAUUCUCUAAAACAAUCUUAAUUAUUGUCACAAACUUUGCCCAUUAAAAAGUGCAAGGCUACAAAUUGUCCUGUAAGAAUCUGUAAAAACUUCUGUAUUAUGUG